UGGACGCGCGCAGGGAGGGCCGGUUCCCACGUGGGCUGACGCCGGCUGCUCGGCGGCUCCGGAUUGACCCCGGGGCUAUAAAGCGAGGCGGCUGCGAGGGAGGCAGCGCGGCGGCGGCGGCGGCAGCAGGCGCCGCUCCGGACCCCGCGCUCUCGGGCUGCGGCUCAGCCCGGCUCCGGCUCCGGCUCCGAGCCGCCCGCAGCUGGAGGGACCAGCUCCCGGAGAGGGACGGGGACCCCCACACCUCGUGUCCCGCUCCUCGCUGCGCGGGCUGAGCCCCUUUCCUUGCCUCGGAUUUGCUUUCCUGCCGGACACUGCGGGGGGGAGGGAAGAUCCAGCCAAUCGCUUCCCCCUGGACAAUCCCCUCCCCCCCCCGCCCUCCCCCUUAGCUGGACCCCUUGAUUACCGCGCCAGACCCUUCCCCGCCUGCCCUCUCCGCACAGGUAAGGCGAACUUCAUUUCGAGCCUUGAACAGGAACCGAGAACUCUUCCCAGCCGUGCGGAACCUGCUCUGGGCGUGGAGCCGGGGGGGAGGGGGGGGAUGGAAAGCCUCUGCCCCCCCAAAGCCGGCUGGAAAUGAAGCGGAUUUCACCACGGGGAGGGAGGAGCAGCCGCUUGCUGCUUAUAAAAGAGCCGAACAAAGCAAAGGGCAGAGGCGCUGCCGCUCUCGCUCUCGGAAACUGGAGUCGUGGGAGCCAGAGGCUGCUGCGGAUUGAAUUAAGCUUCGCCCCUCGCUCCGCUGGCAGGAGGCGACAGACCUGCCAGGUGCAGCGGCCGGCCCUUGAGUUUCUGGGUGACUCCUAGCGGGGGGCACGGCAGGCUGGGUUUGAUGUUUAACCUGGAGAACCCGUUCACGGAGAGGGGGCGCUUCCUCUCUGCCAUGGAGUACCAGCACCAGCUGGAAGAGGAGGGUUACCCGCCUCCUGGGGGCAACGGGAGCCUGAAUGAGAGUGACGCCGGGCCGAGGGGAGGCACACCGUACCCUCUCCACACCACCCUCACCCUUAUCAGCCUGGCGGGGCUGCUCAUGCUCUUCACCAUCUUCGGCAACGUGCUGGUCAUCAUCGCCGUCUUCACCAGCCGUGGGCUCAAGGCCCCCCAGAACCUCUUCCUGGUCUCCCUGGCCUCAGCUGACAUCCUGGUGGCCACGCUGGUCAUCCCUUUCUCGCUGGCCAACGAGGUGAUGGGCUACUGGUACUUUGGCAAGGUCUGGUGCGAGAUCUACCUGGCCUUGGACGUGCUGUUUUGCACCUCCUCCAUUGUGCACCUGUGUGCCAUCAGCCUGGACCGCUACUGGUCCAUCACCCAGGCCAUCGAGUAUAACCUCAAGCGCACGCCGCGCCGCAUCAAGUGCAUCAUCUUCAUCGUCUGGGUCAUCUCGGCCGUCAUCUCAUUCCCGCCCCUCAUCUCCAUCGAGAAGAAGAACGGGCGGCAGGCCGACCGGGCAGCGGGGUGCAAGAUCAACGACGAGAAGUGGUACAUCAUCUCCUCCUGCAUCGGCUCCUUCUUCGCCCCCUGCCUCAUCAUGAUUCUGGUCUACGUACGUAUCUAUCAGAUUGCCAAGAGGAGAACCCGGGUGCCCCCCAGCAGGAGAGGAGAACACCCCAAUAAAAGGCAAAAUGGCUUGGCAGAUAAGGAGGAGCUGCCAGCAGCAGCCAAGCUCAAUGGGGAGAAGGUGACGGAGGGAGGAGGGCAGGAGAGGGAACUCAAUGGCAUAGACAUGGAGGAGACUUCCUCCUCGGAGCACAAUGAGAACCACCAGUGCAGGAAGCAAGGGAGGCCCCAGAGAUGCAAAGGCAAGACCAAGCUGAGCCAGAUCAAGCCGGGGGACAGCUUGCCCAGGAGGAUGGGGGAGGAGAGGAACGCCAAAGCGUCCCGGUGGAGGGGCAGGCAGAACCGGGAGAAGCGCUUCACCUUUGUGCUGGCGGUGGUGAUCGGGGUCUUCGUCAUAUGCUGGUUUCCCUUUUUCUUCACCUACACGCUCACCGCUGUCUGCAAGAGCUGCUCCGUGCCCGACACCCUCUUCAAGUUCUUCUUCUGGUUUGGUUACUGCAACAGCUCUCUGAACCCUGUCAUCUACACCAUCUUCAACCACGACUUCAGGAGGGCCUUCAAAAAGAUCCUCUGCAGGAUAGACAGGAAAAGGAUUGUUUGAUGAACAGACCGUUUUCUGUCAGCUUGACUGGUGACUAAAGGCUCUCCGUGUGAGGGUGAUGCACAGCUGCCUUGGGCUGGACUUGCAAGUGGAUAGUUUCCUCUGACAUGCAGGUGAGACCCUUUAAACACUGAGAUGAAACUAUUAAAACACCAAGCAGCAGCAACAACAAAGCAAGCAAGGGAAACACACAGCCUCAGCAUUUGGGUUUGCAAGUGGAUCAUUUCUGGCUUUGGAUGGGGUCAUGACUUAUAAGCUUGACUCUUUAAAAAUGUCAGUGAAAUUCAGAAAUCAACAACAAAGAGAAAAUACACAGGCCCACAUGAACUAUUUUGUGGAUGUAUAAUUAACUUUAAACUUCUUGUAAAAAUACGGUAUUCCAUCCCUGAGAUCCCUCUGCCUUAAUUUUUGAAAGGCAGUCAGCUUUGAAACUAUGCUUUAAAUAGUCUUGACAACUUGAAGCAUAAAAACUAUUGGAGCCAUCUCCUCAACCCUGCAGUUCAAUAGUAUUACCAAGAUUUCCAAUGUGCUAUUGGAUUUUUGGCCAUAAAGCUUGUAAGCGCAGACCUGACCAUAUUAGAGGAUAUUUUUCUGUACCUGAUUCUGUUUCCUUUUUGUGCUCUCUAUUAUUUAGUAUUGCUGAAAAGGUAACAUUCCUCUUUCUGCUAAUUGGGAGAAAAAAAAAAAAAAAGAAAGAAAGAAAGACUUAACAGUUUCACAAUGCAAUCAGAACUGACCUAAAUGAUUGAGAACAAUGAACUCAUUUUGCUUGCAAGGUGAUGCUCAAGAACAAUCAAGUUCUUAAAGAGUUAAUAGAAAGUAACAUCCCGUUACCACGGAAAUGUGUUCAAUGCUAACUUGUUUUCCCCACCCCUGAUUGUAAAUAGAUAACAUUUUAAAGUAAAUAUCAGGUUACAUAUCAUGUUAUCUGAUUUGUAUUUAUUUUUGACAUUUUAAUUCCUGCUGGGUUUCCUGCACACACAACCGGGUUUCAUGCACAAAAGCAGUUCUGCCUUUUUGAGUAACCUAAGAUUUAAGUUUUUAAUUUUCUAGUUUCAUCUUCAGUGGAGACUGGCGAACUGUCCGUUUUUGAUCUGAAUCUUAUACAGGACAACCCUUUAAAACAGGAGAAACUUACAUACAGUUUCUCCUAUAUUUUAUAGUGUAAUUAUACUUUUUAAAAAAUGUGUAAAUAUCAUAUUGGAAUGGGAAAGAAAGUUACUUCUGAAAAAGUGGUAUUUUAUCUAUUAUAAAACAACAAAUCUAACAUCCUUGUGCCAUGAGGAAAACUUCCUGAAGAAUAUUAAAAAGGAAAUACUUCUUUGCCAUUCACAAUAAACUAUGGGGAAACCUUUUAACGUUAUAACAACAGCUUCCUUUAAAUACUGACAGGUCACAGAAACGAUGUGAAAGAUGAAACAUUUGUUUCAAUUACUCCAUUGUAAACGGAAUUUGCUUGGACAGCAGCUAUCAAAUGUACAGUAACAGACUUAAAGGAGAAAGAGAGCUUUUUACUUCCAAGAGUGUUUUAUUCCUUUUACUCUUGUUUUUGAUGUAAUUAACUCCAAAGGUCCCACGGUGAAUUAUGGGAGUUGGACACCAAAGUUUACAGCCACAUAAGUUUUCAAAGCUGAAUCCUUGAGAGGUGAGG